AACUAUGGUGUUUCUGGCCAGCAAGCUGUCGCAGCCAGAACAGCAUCAACUGGCCAAACUGGGAGAGCUCCUGGGAGGGAAGAUUGCUGACACCUUCUCUGGCUCAGUGAGCCAUGUCAUGGUGCCAGAAGGACACAUGCCCACCACCUACUCUACCCUCCUGGGUCUUCUUGCUGGCUGCUGGGUUGUCAAAUUCAGCUGGGUGGAGGCAUGUCUGCAGGCAGGCAAGUGGAUGCCCGAAAUUGAGCACGAAGCGGAGAAGGCCCCCAGCGCAGUCGCAUCAACAGAUGUAGCUUGCUCCCACCACUCUUCGAUGGCUGUUUCUUCUUCCUCCUUGGCUCCUUUAAGGCGCCUUCCAAAGACGAACUUACCAAGCUGCUCCGGGAGGGGGAGGCCAACUCCUGGCCCGGCAGCCCAAGCCUGACAGCGAUGUGACACAAACCCUGAGUGCUGCUUCCUACCACGCACUGCCAGGCUCCGACCAGGCCCUCUGCACCCAGUACAU